AUGGUAAAAGUUAGAAAAUUUAAAGGUUGUCUUGCAGACUAAGAAAAUGCUAGCAAAAUCAUAUCCCCACCCUAUGAUGUGCUCAAUACUUAAGAGGCAAAGGAAAUGGCAAGUGGAAAUGACAUGUGCUUCUUAAGAGUUAGCAAGCCGGAGAUUGAUUUACCUGAUGGUACUAAUCUCUAUUCUCAGGAGGUUUAUGAUAAAGGAAGAGAAAAUCUGCUUUAUUUCAGAAAAUAAGGAUAUAUCAAAGAUGACUCUGAUGAGAGAAUGUAUAUAUACAUGCAGAAAAUGGGAGAAAGAGAGCAAUAUGGUAUUGUAGCAAUGGCAUCAGUGGAAGACUACGAAAAUGGGUUGAUAAAGAGACAUGAAUUAACAAUCAAAAAGAAAGAGGAAGAUAGGACAAAAUUAUCAGAUACCUAAAAUGCUAACCUUGGCCCUGUGUUCCUAGCCUUUCAGGAUGGUGAAGAGAUUGAAAAGAGAAUGAUGGAAAUAGCACUUACUGAGGAGCCUUAUGCCAUAGUAGAUGGCCAUGAUGAAACUCAACAUGUUUUAUGGUUGUGCUCAGUAGAUGACUCAGAGUUCUUCUAGAAUGAGUUUGCUAAAAUACCAUGCACCUAUAUUGCAGAUGGCCAUCACAGAGCUGCUUCAGCAUACAAUGUAGGAAGGAUGAGAAGAGAGAAAGCUGCGCAAGAUGGAGUAGAGCUAUCAGGGGAAGAGCCAUUCAAUUUUUUCAUGGCAAUUCAUUAUCCUGAGAGCAAUCUUAAGAUUAUGGAUUAUAAUAGAGUAUUAAAGACAUUGAAUGACAUUUCUAACGAAGAUUUUCUUUAGAAAAUUAGUGAGUCAUAUGAUGUCAGCGGGCCUUUGGAAGAAGGAACCGACCCUAAGCCAACCAAGAAGAAUGAAUGCACUCUUUAUCUUGGCAAUUAAUGGUACAGACUCUAGGUCAAAGAUGACAAGAUUGACAAAUCAAACUUGAUCAAAUAGCUUGAUUCCUAGUUAUUAACGGAUCUAGUGCUCUCCCCUAUUCUAGGUAUAACGGAUUUAAGGUCAGAUGAAAGAAUUGAUUUUGUUGGAGGUAUCAGAGGUCUUGAUGAGUUGACAAAGAGAUGCCAUGAAGAUUCUGUUGCAGCCUUUGCAAUGUAUCCAGUAUAAUUAUAAGAAUUAAUGGAAAUUGCAGAUGCUGGACUCAUCAUGCCUCCAAAGAGCACUUGGUUUGAGCCAAAGCCCAGGGAUGGAUUCAUUAGUAGAUGUUUUGAUUGA